GCAAAAAAAAUAAAAAAAUGACUGGAUUGUUUAUUUGGCCCAAAUGGUGAUUGGUUUCAGUCCGCCAACAUCAAAUGACAGCGUAUUAAUGGAUUAUCUUCUUCGGCCUUGGCGAUUGAAGCACCACCACUCUUCCAACUCACCUCUCAAAUCAUUCUGUAGGUUCCCUCUCUCUCUCUCUCCCUCAUAUUUGGAGUCUAAAGUGAGAUUGUUGCUUUGUGUUUGUUCCAACUACGUAAAGAGGGUUUCAUACUUGUUUGCAAUUUUUACAAGUGGGUUUGCACUUCCAUUUGAUUUUUUUACUUUAAAAAUUUGAUGGUGUGGUAAGUAGGAUAAAAAUUAUCAUGGAAACAGCUGCUGUUAACACAUUCCCUAGCUUCCAUAUACCUCCUUCCUUUAUCACAAUGAAAAAGUGCUUGCUUUUUUAUCCUGUAAAGGCUCCAUUUUUAACUAGUAAUCCAAGAAUUAAGUUAUCCACCAAAUUUCAUAUUCUAUUACACAAGACUUGUUGCUUAGCUCCUUCGAGAAGUCACAAUUCCAUGGGAACUACGACUUUGGCUGAUGAAGAAGAAGAAGAAGAAGAAGAUGGUGGUUCUAGUAAUGGUAAAAAUCAAGUGGGCGAGGAUCCCGCCAACGUGGACUGGGAAGCAAAGUUCCUCAGAAAGAUGAACUCAUCUGGAGAUGUUUUACCUGAGAAGAAGAAAAAGAAAAUAAAAUCUAGAUUGCUUAAGAAUACCGAAACAAUGGACUGGUGUAUGAAUGCUAGGAAUGUUGCUCUUAAGUCUAUUGAAGCAAGAGGAUUGACUCCUGUUAGAAAGAGUAUGAUUAGUGGUUAUAAAGAUACCAAAAAAAAGAAGAAGAAAAUCAAAUCCAAGGUUGAUAAAAAGAAAAACAUAGAUGAAGAAAUUGAUGGGGACUCGGAAUUCGACUCUGAUGAUGAAGAUUUGGAUUUGGAUGUUGAAGUUCCUCUAGGCAAUAAAGGUGAUCUUAAAAGGAUAGUAAGCAUGUUUGCUGAUGGUAUGUUUGAGGGACAGAAAGCUAAAACCAUGGAAACAUUUGUCAAAAGGCUAUCCGAGUUCGCGGGACCAUCGGAUCGUAAGAAAGAAAUUAGCUUGAAUAAAGAAAUUGUUGAAGCAAUGACAGCUGAAGAAGUGUUAGUAGUCACCGCUGAGACGGUCUCAGCUGUUGCGAAAGGGCUUAGUCCUUCGCCUCUUUCUCCGUUAAAUAUAGCUACAUCAUUGCAUAGGAUAGCGAAGAACAUGGAGAAAGUUUCACUGACUAGGAGUAGAAGGUUGGCAUUUGCUCGCCAAAGAGAGAUGUGUAUGCUUGUAAGCAUUGCUAUGACUGCUUUGCCUGAUUGCUCAGCACAAGGUGUUUCAAAUAUUGCGUGGGCAUUGUCAAAAGUUGGUGGUGAGCUUCUUUAUUUGACGGAAAUGGACAGAGUGGCAGAAGUAGCAUCGGCUAAGGUUGAUGCGCUUAAUUCACAAAAUGUUGCUAAUAUAGCUGGUGCGUUUGCGUCAAUGCAGCACUCUGCUCCAGAACUAUUUUCAAGAUUAGCAAGAAGGGCCUCGGACAUAAUUCAUACUUUUCAGCCUCAAGAGAUUGUUCAAGUCUUGUGGGCUUUUGCUUCUCUAUAUGAGCAAGCUGGUCCCAUGCUUGAUGCACUUGAUAAUGUUUAUAGUGAUGUCAAUCAAUUCAAAUGCAGCUUGAAUGAUGAUAAAUUACCUUAUGGUAAAGAAAGAACACCAAAUGGUACUGCAGAUGUUGAGUUUGGAGAAAUUAACUAUCCCGUGCUAAGUUUUAAUAGAGAUCAGCUAGGGAAUAUAUCAUGGUCUUAUGCUGUUCUUGGGCAGAUGGAUCGAGUUUUCUUCGCCAAUGUAUGGAACACUCUCAGCUUUUUUGAAGAGCAACGGAUAUCUGAGCAGUAUAGAGAAGACAUUAUUUUUGCUUCCCAAGUUCAUCUUGUGAACCAAUGUCUCAAGCUAGAGUACUCACAUCUUGACUUAUCCCUGAAAGGUGAACUGGAGGAAAAAAUUUCCAGUGCUGGAAAGACAAAACGGUUCAAUCAGAAGGUUACUUCCUCAUUUCAGAAGGAGGUUGCUCGCCUUCUUGUCAGCACUGGGCUAGAUUGGGUAAGAGAAUAUGCCGUGGAUGGUUAUACUCUGGACGCAGCAGUCAUUGACAAAAGAGUUGCUCUUGAGAUAGACGGUCCUACUCAUUUCUCUAGGAACUCAGCAUCCCCCUUGGGACAUACAAUGCUAAAGCGGAGAUCUAUCACUGCUGCUGGUUGGAAACUCUUAUCUGUCCCUCAUCAGGAAUGGGAAGAGCUCAAAGGAGGGUUUGAGCAGUUAGAGCAUCUCCGUGGCAUUAUCAAAGAUCAUUUUGAAGAAGGGGGCUUCAAUGCGGAAAUGGAAGAUGGUCAUUGAAAUAUAGAAUAUGAACCGAUGGCUGUAUUUGAUUGUGCUUCAGUGAUUCCUUCUUCGUCCCUGUCAUAUAGCAAAUUUAUAAUUCUCUUACUUUAUUAAGUGAAAUGUCUUCAGAAUUUUGAAUUGUAUCCUAAUGUUACUUGGAAUUUUGAUAAGUAAUAUUGUAACCAACCUAUAUGAAUGAGCUUAAACGAAGAAGUGGGUAGUUAUGUAA